UUAAAGAAACGGGAGUCAGAGGAGAAAUCAGUAUCACUCCCAACUCCAUAGUUAGACAGGUGAUUCGAUAAAGAAUAACUAGUCAAGCAGUCGCAAAAGAGAAAGGCUAUAUUGAUAUCAGCCUAACCUAUCACAGGAUUUCUCAGUGUGCGAGAGCAAGCUCCGCUCAACAAACAAUAAUGCGUGUCAUUACAUUGGUGUGUUUAUUUGCAGUUUCUGCAUUGGCUUUGCCAACACGAAAAUACAAUUCUAAUACGGAUACCGCAAUAUGCGUUUUUUCGUUAUUGUCAGUUCAGAAGAGAGGAGGAGAUCCGACAAAUAUGUUGAAAGAUAUUUCACCUUACCUAUCUCGAGAAAAGAAACUUGAUAACAACGCAAGGCAAUUGUUACUUAUAGCUGGAGGUUUGACAUCAGCCCAAGCCGAGAAGAUGUUAAAUGAAAUAUUGCCAAUACUGGCUGGCGAAGGCAAAUCACCCUAUGAACAACUGAUGGCCAUUAUGUUCAUGGCAGACCGAGUGUGCGCCGAUGGAGAAAGAUGCAACGGUGAUGACUAUACAUUGUUCCCAUUUUUGACAAUGGGCGAAGAACGUGGUUGCAUCGCAGAUGAAAUUAAAGCCAACUACCGAGUAUCCAGUGACGACAAAUGUGUCUGUAAUGACCAGGACAAUGUACUUCUUUGGAUAGCUUUAUUGGACGAAAUCCAGGAAGCAGCAAGAACUGGAAACAAAAGUGCAAUAACCCAACAUUUGCCGAACCAACUACCAGUUAUUUUGAUGAUGUUGAUGGCAGAAACACCAUGCGAUGGAACAAUCCAGGGAACCAACAGACGAUGCCAGUGUGAAAGAGUUACUGAAGGAAACGACGGAAUUUUGAUGCAAUACAUGGUCAAUGCACCCGGUGGUCAAGAAAUUCUGACAGAAUCUGCAAAGGUAAAAGUACAACAAUAUUCUCGUGAACCAACAACCAGAGCAGGAAAUGCAAAUUUAAUGCAGAUGAUGAUGCUUCAGGGCAACGUUAAUCCUAUGUAUUUGCCUUUCCUAACAGGGGGUGCGUCAUCAUCACAAAAAAUGAUGCAAUUAUUGGCUGCUAACAUGGGAUUGGAUCCUGCAACUACUCAACUGCUUCUGAAUGGGGGCUUCAAUAAAGAUGGAAACAAGGUUGCACUUAUCAACUAUAUGGCUAACAAAGGAGUGGUCUCUCCUGAUGCCGUACCAUUUGUUCUUGGUGUAGACAAGGGUUCAACUUUCUUCCUCCAAUCUAUGAUUCAAUCCGGUGCCAUUGAUCCUGUCAUGGGAAAUCUCCUGCUGGCCAAACAAACUGGAGCAAGUCAAGGGGAGGUUUUCGAAUUGAUUACUCAACUUCUUUCUGGAAAAAAGACAGACUUAAAAGACUUUGGCAAACCUUUCAUUCCAUCCCUUCCAUCUGGAAUUUUCCCCGGAAUGAAACUCUUCUUCCAACAUUUCGAAAGACUUGGAAUCAACACUUGUUCUCUCCACGAUUUGAGAAACAGAUUCAACUGUGGCUACGAUGGAAUCUCUGCAGCACAAUGCGAAGUUCUUCCUUAUUGUUGUUACAACCCUGUCUUCCUCACUGACAAUGAGGGUCAGGGACAUGACCGACGAUGCUAUUACAUCUGCAGCCGCUGUUACCUUGGUGUUUACAACGUAUUUUUCAUCUACUACGAAUCUUGUAAUCUCCCUCUCUGUCAAAAGGCCUGGAGGAAUUUGCUCGACCAGGCAUCGUGUUUGCCACUUUUCAAGUAUGGACUUAAUAUAGACGCAUCAAUCUACUACAGCUUCGCCAAAGAUAAAUCAAGCAGCUCAAUCAACAGUCUUAUUAACAUGAGAGAAGAAUGCGGAUUUCCAGGUAUCACCGAAUUCCACUGCGUUGCUAUUCGUGGAUGCUGCUGGGAUGCGUAUGCUUCGUACAAAGUGCCACAAUGUUUCAAACCAAAUGGCGCAAGUAGCGACAUUAGCGAUCUCAACGAUAUUCCUUUGGCUUAUCAACCCAAAAACCAGACUUGCAGUGUCAACUAUUAUCAAUUUCCAAUUUUGUACUACCGCCGUAUCGCCUGCAUGCCAACGUUUGACAUGUUCACCAAGGGCCGUGACCCCCUCAAGAUUCCAGACAAGUACGAAUGUCUUUGGGAUCUCGGAUGUUGUUAUGAAGAAAAUGAUGAGGUGUCCAAAAAAUUCGACUAUGUACCAAGAUGUUACAAACGAGAAGAUGGAGGCUAUUCAGUCCAAGCUAACGUUAUUGGUCAAUUAUCUGAUUUAAUCACGCGAUCUGGUUCAAUUAACAUUGACACAAAGAAGUUUCCUGGAGCCAACCAGCCUUAAACGUGAUCGGAUGUAUUUAACCUCUAUUUCCUCAUCAUCAUGCUAUGAGUUUAUAUAUAUAUAAAUUACCAUGCGAGAAAAAAACUGCCUGAAAAUCUUUACCUUGCGAAUGAUAUAAAAAGUAUAAUUUAUAUAUAUUUUGUAAAUCCAUAUAAAAAAUAUUGAAAUCUGAAUAUUUGAUUAUUUUUUUUUACUGUCGAUACAAAAGGUUGUUUUGAUAAGUAUUUUUACUUUAGUAUCCAAAUACCUGAGCAUAUUGUUGUUUGUUUCCGUGAAAUUAGAUUUAAAAAAAACAUCGUGAUCAUUUUUCAGCAAUUAUUUCACUUCUCAGCUCUUUUUUUAUAAUAAUAAGUGUAAUUUUUUGGCCUGUGUUGGAGUUUCAAGCCUUUUAAUAACGUUUGUGGUUUUAUUGAAUUUUUGGUGUCAACGUCUAACGUAUCAAUUUAGCGAUUUCCCUAUGUACAUGAUGUGUUUUUUCCAGUGCCAAGUAGCCUUAAUGCUUUUGGAUUGCAUGAAAUUUUAAUACGAAUUACAAUAAUAAAGAAUUGCAAAGGUAAAAACAGAA